AUGCCGGUCACCGCUACAACAACAGCAGGAGCCGGACGUCAAUCCACCAUCAGUUCUACCAGUAGUCUCCUUGAUCUCCAGAGUUCUUCACUUUGGGAUCAUAACUCUACUCCAUCAUUUCAUGAAUAUGAUUUCGGUUUCGAUGUACAUGCUCAAUGUUCUGUUUCUUCGGCAGCAGAUUCAUUGUUUCCUCUUGAUGCAUUCACUGCCCCAGUUCAACAAGUACCUUUCCAGAAUUCCCCUGAUUGGUACUUGCCACAAACCGAUUCUUUCGAAUUUCUUACAUGGAAUGAUCCGUCAAUAGGAGAGGAUUUAUCACUUGGUUCCUCUCUCCCCAUCGCUGCUAGUGUCUCUCUUAGUAAUGAUAAUCUCCUGGGUCAAUCGGAUGUUGGAUCCAUUGACAAUAUGUCUCAAUCCCAUUCAUUUCUUGAUAAUCAAACUCAUCGAGCAAUAUCCACCGAACAAUCCUCCCCUACCUCUUCAAACCCCAAAUCAACUUCCUCACCAACUCACUCAUCUCCACCUUCACCUCCCUCUCCCUCUCCCAAAACUCAGACUCCAACCAGUUCUUCGUCCACCAUAUCACGAGUUGAAAAACGCAAGCUAAAUACUUUAGCCGCUCGUCGAUAUCGACAAAAACGCGUCGAUCAAAUGAGUAGUCUCGAGGCUGCACUCAAAGAAGUCGAACGAGAACGAGACGCCUUGAAAGUUCGUGUUGCGAAAUUGGAGGGCGAGACGGAUAUCUUGAAGAGUUUGUUGAGUAAGAAGAAUUAGGAUCAGGUUUGGAGAGGAUGGAUAGAUUUCUGACGUGCUAUUUGCUGCAAUGGGCGCGAUUAUCGAGACUUGAAUUGAAUUAUCAUACACCAUUAUUAGUUUGCUAUUCGUGAUGAAAAGUGUGAUAGAUGAAAGAUAUGUG